AUGUUUUUUAAAUUUAUUAUCACGUCGCUUGUAUAUUUUAGUCAUGUUGAUGCUCUUAUACACAGUUUUAGUCACCUGCAUAAGCUUCCCCUACUUGGAAACUACUUGGCGAUCAAAAGGUGCAUCUAUCAUGAGAAAACUGAGCCUUCUAGAGCCGUUAUUCAUAUAACGAACAAAGACGCCUAUGACAAGGCUAGUUAUGACCAUCAUCUCCUGAAGCAUCUGUCAGACGGAGAUUAUCGCAGGAAACAACUUUUUGAGUCACACACAGAGCUAUUAAACGGCACGCAGAACCUAACACACCUCAAUGUUCUAAUUACUCACUUCAUAACUGACCUGCUCAAUGAAUACACACUAUAUUUUUUUGAGUUGCUGCCCGCUCUGUACCUUGAGGACGAUCUGAGGAGGAAUCUUCAUAGAUUUUUGGAAGCAUUUCAGCAAAAACUCAUCGAGUUAUUCAAGGUUUCCAUGAUCUCAAUCAUAGACGCCUCUCCAAGGAGUCGAAUAUUGAUCUUACUCAACUCGGUACAGUUCAGGGUCAUGGUUGACAAGAUGGUACAGCUGUGUAAUAUAUUGAGUUUGGAGUACGAGUUUGAAAAGCUAGAGCACGUAAUGAAGUCCGCUAACGACGAGAGGUUCACCAGAGUGGCUACAUGGACGGUGGUUCACUCAGAAGCCUUGAAGAGGGGCCUGGUGAUGUUGAGCAGGAUGUUGGUUAUUGCCGCACUCAAUAACCUCGUUGUCCCGCUUUUGUUCAAAUUUUUGCUUCAAAUAAUACCGCGAGACUUUCCAGGCUACUCGAUACUUCAAUACCUGCUUAGAUGCUUUAACAUUUCAUUUAAAUGA